CUGGUGGCGGAAAGUGUUUGGAAACUUCAAUCUUGAUUAGUUUUUGUUUAUUGUUUCCAAGGAUUGAAUUUUUACGUUAUAGAGUGCUAAUUAUUUUUCAAGGAUUGAACAUCAAUCUACUGCCUCCGUUACAGGUUAUGUGCAACAAUUAGACAUUUUUCCUCUCUGCUUUAUGUCAAAUCAUUGCACAUAACUUGUAACGGAGGUAGUAUAAAUUUUCAAUGUAUAAUAAGUUGGGGUUAUCUUUCAAAAAAAAUAAAACAUAAAAAAUUAAUAAUAAAAUUUGGGGUUAAAAGAAUACAGAGUGUAGAAUUAUGAAUUGAAUGGAUCUUUCCUCAAAAAAAAAAAAAAAAAAAAAAAAAAAAAAAAAAAUUAAUGGAUCAAUAAGUUGAUUUUUUCAUAAUUCUUAUAGGCAUAGUUGUUUGGUCGCUCGAUUAAAGUUCCGCAUUUUAAUUUGUGAUUUACUAAUCGUCUUGAUCAGCAACAAAUCAAGUAGCAAAAUGAUAGGCAUGUUUACAGUCAUACAUAGUAUAUAAAAUCAAUAUUUUGAUAAUUUCUUUGAAGCAUAUAUAAUGAUAUUAUGAUCAAUUCUUCUUCUUUUUUUCCUUCUUUUUUAAUCCUUAAUUUUUAAUUUUCAUUUACUGAGAACCAUUUGAUCAAUUCUUGCUCAUGAGCUUUUAGAUGGUGACAUUGCAAAUAAAUUUUAAUUACUUAUCCACUAUAAAUUGUACAACAUCUUUAGCAUUAUUUGAUAUAUUUUCCAAGAGCCUUAAUAUAUCUUUUUAUUUGUCUUAAUUUCUAAAAACAAAAGAUGUGUACAAGUUUGUUUAAAAGUAAUACACUUGCAACAUUUUCAUGCCUCAUCAUAGCAACCCUAGCAUUAGUCCAAAUAUGCCUUGCACAAAAUUCUCCCCAAGACUACCUAGAUGCCCAUAACGCCGCAAGGGCGGAAGUGGGCGUUGUAAACAUAGAGUGGGACAGCACAUUGGCAUCCUAUGCCAGACGAUAUGCCCUGAGCCGGGUUGACGAUUGUGCCCUCAUACGUUCCAACGGGCCCUAUGGAGAAAACCUCGCCGUAAGUAGCAACCCGUUGUUCUCUGGCACAGACGCCGUAGAACUAUGGUUGCAACAGAAGGUUGAGUAUGAUUAUAGUUUGAAUACUUGUGCAGUUGGUACAGAUUGUUUGACCUAUACUCAACUGGUUUGGCAUGAUUCGGUUAAUGUUGGGUGUGCUAGGGUUCAAUGUGUUAAUGGAUGGAUUUUUGUUAUGUGCAGCUAUAAUCCACCAGGCAACAUAAUUGGCCAAAGGCCUUUCUAAGCCUUAUUAUAUAUCAAUUAAAUAUAAGUUGUGAAUUUAUAAAUAAAUAAAGCCGCGGCAGUGGUGGUGGUGGUGUGGUUGUUUGUUCAUUGGGAUUAUUGUAAAAAUCCUUUACAAUUUGCAUGAAAAUGUAUAUCAUGUAUAAUUUAAUUUCCUGUUUUCUUAUAUCAAAUGACUCAAAUCUAACCAUUAUGGUUAGAAUGACAAUAUUGCUAUAUGCUCCAAUCCAUUAUUGUUGUCCUGUUGAACUAAUUAAGUGUUGACUCAUUUGGUAAGACUCUUACAUUAAAUUUUAGAGAUUCCUUUAUUUUCCCCUUCACUCUCAAGUGCCUAGCUCACAAAUACUAGACAAAAAAAAAAAAAAAAAAAAAAAAAAAAAAAAAAAAAAAAAAA